AGUCGAGGUAAGAUAAAGUGGGGAGCAAUUUUACAGGUGAGGCUGAGAGUAAAGCAUGCUUUCAUUUCAUUUUCAUGUCCCAGAUAUUAUGUGAUAAGAGAUCAGAUAACGCCAAUAGAACUGAGGAAGCAUUAGCAUGGAAAGUUAGUUGGAGAUUACGUGCACAGCAACAACUCCUCUUAGUGAGUGAGUGACUGAGUGAGACGGCGAUGACGCCGGUGUCACUCUUCCUCGUCGCCACCAAGCUCGCCGGAGCUCUCGCCACUCUCUCCGUCGCCGCCAAUGCCUUCUCUUACUCUCGUUUCCGCAACAAGAAUCUCCGCCCAUUCCGCUCCCCUAUCGAUGAAUCCUCCGACCCUCUCGCACUCUUCGACAUUUCAGAGGGAGAAUCAGAAAAUGGGUUUUUCUUUGGUUUGGCUACGGCACCGGCACAUGUUGAGGACAAGCUUGAUGAUGCUUGGAUACAGUUUGCUGAACAAACGAGUGUUGUUGAGCCCAAGCAGGAAGUGGAUGCCUUGAUGGGCUCUGCUGCUGGUGAUGGUGGCGUUCAAGGAGCUGCAUCGUCUCCAAGGCAAGCUCAUGACAAGGCCAAGAAGCCUCUUAAGGUUGCCAUGGAGGCCAUGAUUAGAGGAUUUCAGAAGUACAUGGAAAUGGAAGUAGAGGGUCAUGAAGAACAAGAAAAAGAACAGCCUAAUGUAACUUCUUGGCAUAAUGUUCCACACCCGGAGGAGAGGUUAAGGUUUUGGUCUGAUCCUGAUACAGAACUAAAAUUGGCCAAGGAUACUGGUGUUACUGUUUUUCGCCUGGGAAUAGAUUGGUCAAGAAUCAUGCCAGAGGAGCCAAUAAACAGUCUUAAAGAAUCUGUUAACUAUGCUGCAUUGGAGCGUUAUAAGUGGAUUAUCAAUAGGGUUCGCUCAUAUGGGAUGAAGGUGAUGCUCACUCUUUUUCAUCACUCACUUCCACCUUGGGCUGGUGAGUAUGGAGGUUGGAAGCUGGAAAAGACAGUGGAUUACUUCAUGGACUUUACCAGGCUUGUUGUAAACAGUGUAUCAGAUUUAGUAGACUAUUGGGUAACAUUUAAUGAGCCUCAUAUCUUCUGUAUGCUUACGUAUUCUGCCGGAGCUUGGCCUGGUGGUCAUCCUGAUAUGCUGGAGGCUGCUACUUCUGCACUUCCAACUGGUGUUUUCCAGCAGGCCAUGCAUUGGAUGUCUAUUGCACACUCAAAGGCAUAUGAUUACAUCCAUGAACAAAGUAACUCAUCAAAUCCGAGAGUCGGCGUAGCACAUCAUGUGUCAUUUAUGCGACCGUAUGGGCUGUUUGAUGUUGCUGCUGUUAUAUUGGCUAAUUCAUUGACUAUCUUCCCAUACAUUGAUGAAAUAUCUGAAAAGCUGGACUUUAUAGGCAUAAACUACUAUGGGCAGGAGGUGGUCUGUGGUUCUGGCCUGAAGCUGGGGGAAAAUGAUGAGUAUAGUGAAUCUGGUCGAGGGGUAUAUCCUGAUGGCUUAUAUCGGAUGUUGCUUCAGUUUCAUGAAAGAUACAAACAUUUAAAUGUCCCCUUCAUCGUUACUGAAAAUGGGGUUUCGGAUGAGACAGAUUUGAUCCGCCGGCCAUAUCUCCUGGAGCAUUUGCUUGCUAUUUAUGCAGCCAUGACCAUGGGCGUGCCUGUGCUUGGUUAUCUGUUCUGGACUAUUUCUGAUAACUGGGAGUGGGCUGAUGGAUAUGGUCCCAAGUUUGGACUUGUUGCAGUUGACCGGGCCAAUAAUCUUGCACGGAUUCCCCGUCCUUCGUACCGCCUAUUUUCUAAAAUUGUGAAUACUGGUAAAAUUACUCGUGAAGAUCGUGAAGCAGCAUGGUAUGAACUCCAACGAGCUGCUAAAGAGAAGAAAACAAGGCCAUUUUAUCGGUCUGUGGACAAACAUGGUCUAAUGUAUGCAGGUGGCCUUGAUGAGCCUAUACAGCGACCUUAUAUUGAACGAGAUUGGCGGUUUGGGCAUUAUCAGAUGGAUGGUCUCCAAGAUCCCUUGAGCCGUUUCUUAAGAUUCACUAUUCGAUCACUCUCUCUUAAAUGGAAAAAGGAACCUCAAAAGAAGAAUGUCAAAUUAGUUCUCGAGCCUCUUGAACUUAGCAGUUGACAACUUACCUAUUUCUCUUGUCGCAGAUUCCAUUGUUUUGAGUGAUGAACACUUUCAAUUUCAAUAUUACACACAAGAUACAUACGUAUAAGUUUCACGAUGUCUGUAAUAUUGCACAAGUAGCUGUUUUGAUGCCUUCUUCUUGUAAGCUUAUGUGUCACAUAUUUAGGAAGAAGUCAAAAUUAUUAUUCAAAGUGGAGGGUAAUAUAUGGGCAGUGGGCUGCCUAUCCCUUUAAUUGGAAUUUCAUGUAUGACAAUUGACAAUGCUCAAAGAGUGUAGGAAGAAGUCAAAAUUAAUAUUCAAAGUGGAGGGUAAUAUAUGGGCUGCCUGUCCCUUUAAUUGGAA